AUGGCGCACCAAAAUCACAGCAACACAAUCUACCUCACCGAGCAGGAUUCAAACCGCAUCCGAGCCACAGCAAAGAACAGGAUAAAAACCGCUUCAGAAGCAAAAGGCAAUGGCAGACAACCGCGAGAAGCCACGCCGUCCAUACAACAGGCGACCGGCGCCUCCCUGAUGGCUGACAUGGGCGGCGCACCAGAUCCAGACAUGACAGAAGCCCAAGGAGGCACGUUACCAGCCCUUACAAUCGGCGCGCCAUACCCGGCAUGUACUCUGGAUCUCGAUGAGUUGGAAGAAAUGGCGUUCACGGACCUCAAGAUGGAGACUCAUCAUCGAGGAAAAAAGCUCGUCAUUAAGCGUGCAAGUCCAGUCGUAGGGCUUGCGAUCCGGUCGUGGUGCAUGGUACAGGACGAAGAAGGCAAAGAGACGGAACGAUUAGAGUUUGGAUUGCACAAGUUGAGGCACGCUGAGGAAGUGUUGGAAUUGACUAAGCAGUUCGUGAUUAAGGAGCCGUAUUAUACGAUGACGGAUGAGGGUGAGGCUACUAUUCGCAUAGAUCAUCCCUCGGAUCUGGUAUCUAUAAUGGAUGAGAUUGCGGAAAGUGAGUUCAAGGAUGCAGAAGCAGCGGAGAAGGCAGCUACGAAAUGUAAGAAUAAGGGCAAUGCUGCGCUCAAAGAACAAGACCUACCAGAGGCGUAUGCGAGAUACUCCGAGGGCCUCAAAAUUGCUACGGCGAACUCGAUAGAAAGUUUGGCCAGGGACAUUUCGCGGAAUCGUGCAUACGUCAGCUUGCUCCUCGGACAGCUAGAUGGCGUGCUUGAGGACGCAAAAGCCUCACUAAUUAACGAAGACGAUCAGCGUUCAAAAGAUCUCGAUAGCAAAGCGUACUUCCGAGCUGGCAGCGCUGCAUAUUCUCUUGGACAAUACGCCUUGGCCAAGAAAUUAUUUGAAGAACAACAAAAGCUCGCUCCUGGUGAUAAGGACGCAAGGACAUAUCUAAAACGAAUCACCGCUCGGGUUCGUGAGCAGGAGUCGGGCGGCUAUGACUUCACUAAGAUGCGCCUUAACCUGUCUCAAGCUCGCUCGCGCGUCGAUGCCGCAACGUUCACUGGUAGUACCGAAGUCAAAGACAGCAAAAGCAAAGGCCGUGGUUUGUUCGCCACGCGCAAUCUCGCUACCGGCGAGGUCAUCAUGUGCGAGAAGGCUUUUUGCGUCGUCUGGGGCUACGAGAGAGAAGCCAUGACGGCCAUGACCUACGACCUGCGGGACGACAGGAUCCGCGUCUCGCCCAUCGGUCUCAGUCGCGCGCUUGUGCAAAAGCUCAUCAGCAACCCGUCUCAAAUACCCGCCGUAAUGGAUCUAUACGGCGACUGGGCGGGCUCUGACAGCAACGAAGAAGUCGUUGACGUUUUCCGCAUACACGACAUCAUGUCGCGCAACGCGUUCGGCCCAGGGAAUCAAUUCGGAGAAGAGAACGCGAGAAAUGCAAGUACUGGACUGUGGGUCUACGCGGCCUACAUCAACCACUCCUGCAUCCCCAACGCCACGAAGGAGUAUAUCGGGGAUAUGAUGAUCUUGAGAGCAACACGCGCCAUUGCCGCAGGCGAAGAGAUCUUCCACGCCUACGACGUGUCCAGCGACUACGACGCGCGUCAAGCCUCGCUCAUGACAACAUGGGGAUUCAAAUGCGCUUGCAAGUUGUGCGAAGCAGAGUCCAAAGACAGCGCGGAGGUGCGGGCCAAGAGGGAAGAAUUGAGGGGCGAGGCGGACGGAAUUGUGGCGAGGGAGCACUGGGCAAACGUGAAGCGGCUGACGAUUGUCAAGGCGCAAAGAGUCGCGAGGGGCAUCGAGGAGACUUAUGAUGCGAAGAGGUACGAAGGACUGCCAAAGUUGGCGGGAAGGAAUGUACAAGAGUGGCUGUCAAAGGCGACUCCACGGAAGUGAGGGCUGGAAAUAGAUUUAAAAGUUACAAAAUACCUUGACCUUGCAUCCAUGCAAGUUCUUUCGAAU